UCCCUCUGCCUGUCUUUACACUCGCACACACUCGAGCGAGCGUGCAGGAGGCGGCAGGCAGCUGCCGAGGAGCGAGCUGGGAGGCGACUCCAGUGCAGCCUCCCCUCCAGCAAACAGUGCCUCCUGUACAAUGGAAACUAAACGGGCGAGGAGCGGAGGAGAUGGAGGGCGCUUGCAGGCAGUGGCAGGUCAGCUAGGGCCAUGAGGGUGCCAGAGGCUCCGGUUGCUGUUCUGAGCGGCUGAAGCAGACAUGGGAACACAAGCCCUGGAUGGCAACGGCAGGCUCAGCUGCAUCGUCAUCACCAGCCCUAUCCUCCAUCACCAAGUUCCCGGCAUUUGCCAGCAUCUCCCAGUAAGACUUUGCGAUGAGAAUGUCCGAUACCAUUAACAUAGAAACAAUGAAGGUUUCUGAGGCCACCGACAUGGUAUCGUCUCCAAAAGACAACACCACCAAGUCCGAGGUUUCUGAACAGAGCCUGACCAACAGAGAUGAACACAGCAGCGAUAAUAAAAGGGACAUGCAGCCCAAUGCCAAGCUAAAGCUCGUGCGGAGCCUGGCAGUGUGUGAAGAGUCCCCUCCUUCCCCUAUUCCUGAGCCGCCAGCAGCACCUCAGGAUGGAUUCCUUCUUCAGCCCUUUGAAAAGGAGGAAAGAUCAGCACAGGACCAAGGUGAGAAAGAGGACAGCUGCGACAAGGCAGACAAACCAGAGAAAACACAGAGAAAAAUGCUGUCUAGAGAUUCCAGCCAAGACUAUACAGAUUCAACUGGCAUCGAUCUCCAUGAGUUCCUGGUCAACACGCUGAAGAGCAACCCUAGGGAUCGAAUCAUGCUACUUAAGUUGGAGCAAGACAUCCUGGACUUCAUCAGCAAUAACGAAAGCCAGAAGAGGAAGUUUCCUCCCAUGACGUCCUACCACAGGAUGCUGUUACACCGAGUGGCCGCCUAUUUUGGCAUGGACCACAAUGUGGACCCUAGCGGAAAGUCAGUGGUCAUCAAUAAAACCACCAACACCAGAAUACCCGAUCAGAAAUUCUCCGAGCACAUCAAGGAUGACAGAGCAGACGAUUUUCAGAAACGCUACAUUCUCAAACGAGACAACUCCAGCUUUGAUCGCGAAGACAGCACGAUUCGGAUGCGUCUGAAAGCUGACAAGAGAAGCAAAUCAAUGGAGGAGAGGGAGGAGGAGUACCAGCGAGCCAGAGACAGGAUAUUUGCACACGAAGGAGAUCAUUUCAUUCUAGAUAGAAGAGCUCAGGAUGAAGAAGCAUGCAUGAGCACCCAACAGAGGCGGCAAAUCUUCAGGCUUCGGGCCGGUCGGUCAGGCGCCAGCCGGCAGAGCAGCUCAGAGACAGAAACGCUGCCCCGGCAUGGCGAGCCUCGCCCGUGGAGCAGCACCGACAGCUCUGACAGCUCCAACCGGCUCGCCCCACGGCCCGCCAUCACCAAGGCCAGCAGCUUCAGCGGCAUCUCCCCGGGCCUCGUCCGAGGUGACAGCAUGGCCAGCAGCAAGAGCACCGGGAGGCUCUCCAAAACAGGUUCAGAGUCGUGCACAAGCGUCGGUUCCUCCUCCAGCUCAUUGUCUCGCCCCCAGCUGCCUCUCCCAGUAUCAGUCCCACCCCAGUCCAGCAUCCCCAGCACACCUGCAGCCCACCCUGCCAACGACACUAGGGGCUCUGGGCACCCUGAGACAGCCAAGAGCUCGCCAGCCCAGCCGCUAGCUGCUACCGCUGCAACAAACAUCUACGUGUUGCCGUUAGAGGCCUCAGGGAUACCACCUGGCACUGUUCUGGUCAACCCACACACAGGAAAGCCUUUCAUCAACCCUGACGGCAGCACUGUAGUUUACAACCCCUCCACUGUCGCCCCAGCUGCUGGCAGGAGCCUGCAGCAGGGGAAAACCCAACAGCCACUGAUGCCACAACAACCAACCAGUCACUUCCACUCCCAGCCUGACGCCCUAAACUCCCAGUUCAGUCAGAUGACUCUGGGGCGGCAGCCACCCAGCGACAGUGGAGGCCCAGCUCCAGACGCCCGCCCCUGUCCAGCUCCAUACCACCACCACCAUCACCACCACCACCACCCCUCCUCCAUGGUAGUCCAGGGACCCCCGCCUCAGCAGCUCGGUAGCUACAUGGUCGCAGGGCCAUCGGGAGGACACCAGGGGGUGCUUGCCGGGCAGCCGGUCCCGACCCCAGCUCCAGCCCAACAUCCAGCCCCCACCUACUCCAACAACACCCCGGGCCCUGCUGCUUUUCCUGGGCCCACACUGAGCCAGCCUCUCCUCCAGCAGCACACCUACAUCCAGCAGCCUGUCCAGCAGGUGGCCACAUGUUACUGCUCUCCAGCCCAUUACCCCCACUGCUCGGGCCAGCAGCAACACUACCGCUCCGCUGUUGCCCCUCUGCCCUACAACUGCCCUCAGGGCCAAAACCUGGCCCAGCAACAAGUGCACCAAACCAUGAUGCCAAACCCAGCGCCCAGCUACCAGACCAUAGUGGGCGUGCAGCCAACUCCCAACCUCGCUGUCGCCGGCAGCCAUCAAAGCAAUAUGGGAAACCAGAUGCAAGGCAUGAUGGUUCAGUACCCUCCAAUGCCAUCUUAUCAGCAGGUUUCUGUGCCGCAGCAGACGUACCAGCAGCCGGUGUUGGUGUCCUGCCAGUCAGGACAGGGAGCGGUGGCUGUGGCCGGCAUGCAGCCCUGCUACAGUCUCCUUCCCCCUAACCAGCACACCACCAUGAGUUCGAUGGUGAGUUUCUUGCCUGCCCCAGUGAUGGAGCCGCUCCAGUUUCCCCAGGCCUCGUCUCCCUGCAUCUCCCAGCAGCACCCAGGACAGCAGUGUGCAGGGUUGUUGCCCCCGGCGCCCGGCAGCGGGAUGGUGAUGGUGCAGAUGACGGCUCCCCCCUGCCAGCAGCCCCGGGCUCCCUCCCCGUGCCAACGGAAACAGCCCAGCCACAAACCGCCCUGCCUAGAGCAGCAGCGCAGCCGCAGGCCCGCGGAGUUCCCAGCGCCUCCGGACAACUCCCAGAGCAGCCGGUCCUCCUCCCCGGCACCAUGCCCAUCGCCAGGCCACCAUCCCAGUGUCAAAGGCCUCCCAGUGGGCAUUUCGCCCAUCCCUAUCAUGGCCCACCACCACCACCACCACCACCAGCUCCCUGCAGCCUUCUGCCACAGUGGACAAGGUGAAGCACACUAUCCUCUGCUGGGCCAGCCCCUACAGUACAAACCUUCCAUCAGACCUCCGCUGAUCCAAACAGCCCCCAUGGUGGCCAAACACCAGGGUCCGCUGGGGGUUUGGCGUAGCGGUCACGGGAGGAAGGCCAACAGAAAACCCCUGCCUGCAGAUCUCAGUGUAGGUGAAGCAGUGAGCAGUCGAAUCCUGGAGGUGACAGGUGCACCUGAGGGAAUCGGCUGUAGUGACGGCCAGCGCCUCCUGGCCGAAGUCUACAACGGGGGCGCCACCAUCCCGUGGCCGUCGGACCAUCAGCCCCGGUUGUGCAGCACAAACAGAGAAGGUCCCGGUAGAGACGCGGCCUCGCCCUACACCGUCCUGGCCAUGUUCCUGCCCGGAUGGGCCUCACACAGCACCCUGCUCCAGAACAGCAACCCUCAUGCCGCCUUCAAACUCCGAACUAGUAACAGACACAAAGAGGAGCUGUGUGACUCUGACAAGGCCGGCUCCUAGAAGUGUCCCACCACAACCCAAACCAAUGCACACCCAGCUGCCUGCCUCUGCUGCCUCAGUCCCAGACUCAUAUCUGAAACCGUGUCAAAUGUGUGAAAAGCUUGAAGUGUGUUUGAUACGUUGGAAAGAUGUGUGUGUGUGGCUGGCCAGGUCUGUUCUUGUCGAAACCAACCACUUUAGCCAUCAGUCGGAGGCCCUUUUCUAUUCUAAAAAUAUAGUUUGCUGUUAUAUAGUGAGAGUGGCUGGGAUUUGACAGCCAACAAAAAUAGUUUCCCCUCUGUAUGAAUAGCAAGUGAGUUUAAUAUCACUAUAUGAGGUGCACCUAAAGUACUUUGUUUCUGGUUCAAAAAUGUGUUGUUAUGUGCCCACUUUUGAGAAUGAAACAUCUUAAAUUAAGGCGUCAGAGUUGUAGCCUUAUCAAAGGGAGUACAUUUCAUUUCCCAUGUAUUUUACUUUGUAAAAGCACCAUCAACAAUCCCUUUGGCUGCAUCCUAGCUUGAUCCCGGUUGUUGACUCAGGCUGUCACGCAGGUGCGCUCCUGACAGCGACACGAGCGGCACGGCAGGCUGAGCAACAUUCAGAUCAUUUAUCUCAAGACAGGAGCACAAGAACGGGUUCAUUUUCUUGUCUGAAGCAAGCAGCUCUGGUGUAGCUUUCUCAACACAAAUUCACAACAACAUCCAGCAGCACUUGUAAAAUGUGAACCCAUACAGUAUACACUGAAUAAUAGAUAUGCUACUACCUGAAUUAUUUAGUCACUUUUCUACACGGUGAAUGUUAACAUUUGCACUGAAAUAAUUAAAGAGAUGGAAGAUUUGAUGGGUAUUAGACAAUGUCCUGGAUUUUUUUUAAUAACCUCCCCAUGCGUGUGUGUUGCACAUGGCCAGGCCAGUUUCUUUUAUAUUUAAUUAAAAUGUUUAUAUUCACAUAAAAAUACAAGUAAGUUUAUUACUUCUCUUGGCUUUAUGAGAGGUGCUCAGUGUCUGCUGUGGCUUGUUUUUAUUUAUGUUUGAACCUAAUAAAUGUUUGCACCAUCUGUUUACAUGGAUUUUAUUUCCAAGCUAUGUCAAAAAAAAAAAAAAAGAAAGAAAUGGGCAGUGUAUAAAAAUGGUAAUGCUCCAACAAGAGUCAGCGACUUGAAUAAAAACUCUAUUCAAAUGUG